AUGAACCUAAAUGGAUGGGAGAAUCGAUUGGAAGUUUACCUCAUCCAUUUAGGUUCAUCUUCAAGUUAUGAGUUUACCUCAUCAUCACCAAUGGAGCGUCCAAUGGGACAAAAAGCAACAAAAAGGAAGGGUAAGGCAAAGGAAAUUCCAAAUGCAACGCAAGAUGCAAGGAAUAAAAGAUUAGUGUCAAUGGAAAGACUAGCGCAAAGUAAGGAGGACGAGAUAGAAUUAAAGGUAGUGCAACUAAUGAUGAAAGACACUUCUACUAUGAGCGAUAGUCAACGAGAUAUUCAUGAAAAAUAUUACGAUUCAGAUAAUUACGAUCAAGAAUUUUGGGAGUUGGUUGAAGAAGAAUUUAUGGACGACAGUGAUGAAGAACAAGAGGUUCAAAAUGAACAUCAAUCUGGAAGUUCCUCUAGGCCAAAGAGAAGAACAACGAUAGACCGAGGUCGUGAAGAAGGGCAUAAUCGAUUGUUCAAUGACUACUUCUCAGAAAAUCCAGUAUACACAGAUGUUCAAUUCCGAAGAAGGUUCAGAAUGCAUAGGCAUAAAUGUACAUCUGUUAUUCGUAUGUUGGCGUAUGGAUCUGCUGCUGACAUUGUAGACGGAUAUGUUCGAAUCGGUGAAAGCACUUCAAUUGAGUGCUUACAAAGAUUCGUUCAGGGCGUGAAUGUUGUAUUUGGGGCUGAGUAUUUGAGAAAGCCUAACAACACUGAUGUUGAACAUCUUUUACAAAUGGGAGAGUCACGUGGCUUUCCAGGUAUAUUGGGUUCCAUUGAUUGUAUGCAUUGGGAAUGGAAAAAUUGUCCUGUUGCAUGGAAAGGACAGUUUUGUCGAGGUGAUCAUGGUAAGCCCACAAUCAUGCUUGAAGCAGUGGCAUCACAAGACUUAUGGAUUUGGCAUGCUUUUUUUGGUAUUGCAGGUUCAAACAAUGACAUUAAUGUGCUAAACCAAUCCAACGUGUUUAACGAUAUUUUGGAAAGACAUGCUCUCAAUGUGCAAUAUACAAUCAAUGGGACACCAUAUAACAUGGGGUAUUAUUUAGUAGAUGGUAUAUAUCCCGAGUGGGCUACAUUUGUCAAGACCAUUUCAAUGCCACAGGGAGAAAAGAAAAAUUUAUUUGCUCAACAUCAAGAAUCAGCUAGAAAAGAUGUGGAGCGGGCAUUUGGAGUGCUUCAAUCUCGAUUUGCAAUUAUACGUGGCCCAACACGUGCCUGGCACAUGGACACCCUCAAGCAUACCAUAUAUGCAUGCAUAAUAUUACACAACAUGAUUGUUGAAGACGAACGACAUACAUAUGGAGGUAAUUUUGAUUACUCUUAUGAUAAUGUGGAUGACAACAACUCAACAACCGAAACAUUUAGCGGUCCUCAUCUGAAUCUUGCAACAAGACUACAAAGAAGAGCAAGUAUUCGAGAAAAACAAGUUCAUCGUCAACUUCAAGGAGAUUUAGUCGAGUAUAUUUGGGAACGUUUUGGACAUGUAGAUGAUGAAAUUUAA